AAGUAAACAAAAUCAGACGAAGAUCAAGCGAAGAUGGAGGUGUCGUUGGAAAAUUCCUCUCAACUGUCUCAAGUUGAGAGCGAAGACGAUGAAGACUAUUUAUACAACAAAGAAACAGACGAAUCAACGCCAUUGGCAAGCAGAAGAUCAAAGAAUUGUUGUGGAAUUACACCUUGGCUAUUUAUUACGACGUCUGUGUGUAUAUAUGGAUCAUCGUUUCAGUUUGGUUAUAACAUUGCCGUGGUCAACACACCUGAAAAGGUACUGCUUUCAAUUCAAUUGCUAAGUUGUACGGAAUAUUGAUUUCUUUAUUGUGAUUUUAAAAUGCCUACAACAAUAACGAAACUCAUUGAGGGAGCUUUUACCUGCCAGAAAGAUGUAAACAAAGGAAGGGGUUCAAUGUUUUCUAUGCUGACAACCCAAUUAAUUAAUGAUAUUGUACAUAUUUUUAUAAUGAUCGCAUUUAAACACAAAGUGAGAAAUGUUGAUAUACAGUGUAGAUUUCGUGGAACUUUUAGUUUAGUUUCUUGUUUUUGUACAUUUUUCCUCUGCACAUUAACAUUUGCAUAGUGCAUACGUGUAUAACAUAAAACAGAAACAUACAUAAAUACUGUAGUUGAAUAAUAUACAAAUCACAUUCGGAAAUGCAAAUUAUAUUUCGGCACUCUUUGUUGUGGAAUGAAUGUUGCAAAUGACGACAUUCUAAUUUCUGAUGCUCUCAAACUGGGGUGACUCUUUGAAGAUAAUACUCUUGACUAUUAAGGAUGACUAUAAAAGCUACGGACCAAAUAGCCAAAAUUAGAGUAUUUAUGCUUGACAUUUAUAUGAAACAAUUUUUGUCUUGAAGGUAAUUCGACAUUAUUUUACAAGUCGUAAUGUGACAAUGACUGACUUUAUUUGGUCAGCUGCAGUCUCAAUCACUCCUAUUGGUGGAUUAAUAGGGGCGAUGGUUGGACCUGUUUUGGCUGAUAUGUUUGGAAGGUACACAAAGCACUUAGCGAAUAGGGAUUAUUAAUAUACAUGAGGCCCUGUUAAGGUAAAUUCCAACAGGAGACAUUGUGUUAACAUGGUAACAUAUGGAAAAUACAUUAACAACACUUAACACAAAUUCUGUUUAAAUUGUGACAUUAAAAAGGUAGAAAACAAUAACAAAGUUUUGAAAGUGACAUGACAAAGUUUUCAAGCAGAGAGAUGUUUUUGAACAUAUGAGUGAGAUGCAUACCCACUCAUAAAUAACCAAAUAAUUAAGAUUAAUUAACAUUUUACACAUUUUUUUAGAAAAUCCACACUUCUUUGGAAUAAUGUGAUUGUUAUCAUUGGCUGCAUAUUUGUGUUCCUAAGUCACACUGUCACCUCAACUGGACUGUUGAUCAUUGGAAGAUUCAUUAUUGGAAUUAAUAAUGGUGGGCAAAACAAGGGCGGAUUUUCAUUUAUUUUAAAGGAGGGGUAGAUAAAUUUCUGGUGGGGUGCAAGCGGCACCACUGAGCGAGCUUCGACAGGGUUUGGGCGUUAAGGUUAAAGACUUUCACCCUAAAUAGGAGGGGUGAAGCAAAAUUUUGGUGGGGUUGAACACUUUAUAAGAGGGGUUAGAGAGAUUCUGGGAGGGGUUUAACCCCCCCUAACCCCCCAACCCCAGUAAAUCUGCCCAUGGGGCAAAAAGAUUACUCACUGAAUGAGAAAAGUACUUACUUAGCCUGUCUCGAAAUUGUGAGAAUUAAUUUGUGACUCACAAAUUAUUAAGCCCCCCCCAAGUAUAUUUCCAAAGGGUAACACAUGACAGUUUACACUGAAGAACAAUUACUGUAAUGCACAAAUAUAACAUGUUUUGUUUUCUCACUCACAGGCAUUGACACUGUCGUUGUACCAAUGUUUUUGUCAGAAAUUUCCCCGACACAUUUACGUGGUGCAGUUGGCACUUUGAAUCAAUUUGGCAUUGUGUUUGGCAUGCUGGUUGCAAAUAUACUGGGUCUUCAUCAGGUAUUCAUUUUUCAGAACUAAUUUGAUCCCUAUAUGAGUUUCCAUUAUUCCUUAUGUAACUGCAAUGAAAGACAAUAAAACUUAUUAAAAUGUAUUAAUAAUAUUUUUAAUAUUUUAUUUUUCGCUGAAAGGUGCUGGGCACAUCAACAGGCUGGCCCUAUGUGAUGUCAUUUAGUGUUGUUCCUGCUGUCAUUCAGUUUAUAAUCCUUCCUUGCUGUCCAUCUAGCCCUCGUUAUCUUUUGAUUAAAUUAAACAAAGAAUCUCUUGCCAGACAAGGUAUGAUUAACACUGCAUGAUCUGUUACUGUAAGAGAUAUUAUUUUUCUCUUUAAUGAAAACAUUUUAUAUUUAGAGUUGAGAAAACUUCAAGGAACGUACAACCUUGAACAAGUCAUUAAUGAAAUGAAGGUCUGUCCUACAUAAAAUACUGGGGACGUCUAUUAGAGAGGAAGUGUGUAUUAGAGAUUGGGGUGUUUAUUAGAUUAUUUGAUAUAUCUGCUAAACAUCUUACAGAUAUAUUAACCCAUUAAGCUUCCCCAUUGACUAGUAAAAUUAUUAUAGUCAAGUAAAAAAAAUAAGUAGAGGCUUCCCCAUUGACUAGUAAAAUCAUUAUAGUCAAGUAAAAAAUAAGAAGGGUGCACUGGGGCACAUUGCGGCUCAAUAUUAUAUUUUUAAUUUUUAGGUUGAAAAAGUGAAAGAGUCAAAAGAGGGGACUAUAACAAUAUUACAACUCCUCAAAACAAAGUCACUGAGAUUUCCUCUCUUCUUGAGCGUACUGCUACAAAUAUCUCAACAGUUCAGUGGUAUUAAUAGUGUAUGUAUUCAGGACAUAUGUUUCACUUAUGUUUGGCUAAGUCUGUAAAUUCCAUGUUUCAUUCUUCACUGAUGUUAUACCACUUCCUGCAAUAUUUUUCAAAUGUUUAAUUUCUAGGUUAUGUACUAUUCUACAUCAACAUUUAGGAGAGCUGGGAUCUCUGACCCUGACGUGGCGACAUGUGGCACUAGCAUUGUUUCCAUACUCAUGGUGGGGAUAUCUGUAAGUCCUUUGAUUGUCAGCUGUUCAAACUAAAGUAAAACGAACUUUAUUUCUAUUGGAAACUCGUUCUGAUCUCCCUAAUGGUCCAGAAGGGGUAAUCCCUUAACCAGUGUUAGAGGAUCAAAGCUGUUAUGCUUGGACAGAGUUAAAUACUGCAAGAAUCAAAUACCAGUUGCCAAAUGACUGAUUUCAAAUGCUUGUAUCCUAGGUAUUCUUAGUUGAACGUCUGGGUCGACGUACUUUGAUGCUUACAGGUCUAGCAGGAAUGUUCUUCUCCUAUGGCUUAAUUACCAUUGGUUACGCCUUAGAGGUAAAUAUACAUAUACGUAAGGUGUAUACAAUAGCAUAGCUUGCUCUCUACACUUUAUGUAUCAUUUGAGACAGGUGUUUAAUGAAUUUACUUUCUUUAGGAUGAACAUGACGACUUAAAGUAUGUUGCUGUUGUUUGUACAUUUCUUGUACUAUCAUUUUUUCAAAUUGGACCAGGUAAUAUCUUUGCUACAUUAAUUAGAUAGCAAGGUCUUGACUGCUUUCUAAAGUCUCUCUUGCUGUGUGCUAGUUUUGAUUUCAAGUUAUAAAGUUAAUAUACUUAUAUGUGACUACUAUCAAAAAACGAAGUCUCACUGAUAUCAACCUCGUUCCCAGGCUAUUUUCUCUCACACUCUAGUCCCAAAAAGACCCUGGGUACGAGGAUAUAGAUCUGACAAUGAAUAAAAAGAAACUUUAAUUUACAAAUACCCAAGUUUAAUCUGGGUUAUCAAGAGACAGUUUUAAAAUUCUUGAAACAGUCACCUUCGUAAAAGCGGCCCUAGCCUGUGUGCAGUCCCAAGGUUUGCGAUGUCAUGAACCUGCGCGCAGGCGGAACUCGGGAUGUUAAAUGGAGUGAAUGUUUUCUGAUUCAGGUCCCAUACCUUGGUUCAUGAUGGCGGAGUUAUUUUCACAAGGCCCGAGACCUGCUGCUACAAGCAUUGCUGGAUCAGCAAACUGGCUAUCAAGCUUCAUUAUCGCAAUCACCUUUCCUUCCAUUCAGGUAAAACUUGGAAUCAUUUUAGGAUACAUCAUACUGCGAUUCAGUCAUUGAAGUAAAGCAAACACUAAUUAUGUGUAUAUGUUUUCCAGGAUGCAUUGUUCCCAUACGUGUUCAUAGUCUAUAUGGUAUUUAUAAUCAUUCUAUGGGCUCUCAUUUACGUCUUUGUUCCAGAAACCAAAGGAAAGACUUUUGAACAAAUAUCUCGUGAACUGCGACGAAAAUUGAAACAUUCUAUUAAUAAUGAGCACAAUGAUAUAGACGAGAAUUAAAAUUUAAAUAAAUGUAUUUAUUAGACUAGAAAAAGUUG